UUCCUUCAUAUAAAUUGAGACAAAAUGAGUAUAAUUUUCUUGAAUAUAACUUAUGUAUAUCGUAGGUCGGUGUAAAGAAAUUUUUAUACUAUCACGUUACUUUAAGGAUAUCUACCGAUAAAUCUCUUCAAAAUGCGGGUAAGUAUUCCAACAGAUAAAGAUGACCUAAUGGUAUAAAUAUGUCUCAAAUUGACACAAUACAUAUAACUUAAAAUCUUUUUUUACCUUGAUCGGCAAAAGAGGUAAAGUGACUCUUCCAGUUUAUUGAAAGGCAAAUAAAUCUUGUAGGCGCAUUUAAUAAACUGCUAAAGACCUAAAAAAAUCUCGAUUAAAAAAACUGAGAUAGUUCCAGUACUUGAGAAGUCUACGCAAGGGAAUUAGUAGCUAACAUCAAUGACAAAAAGUAAACGCUACAACAUCUUUUAUAAGCCAAUCUCAUCGCAUGCAUAUGUAUAUGCAACAACGAUCAAGAUAGUAGUAAUUCAAUUCAAGAAACGAUCACAAUUUAGGCAAAGAUGGGAAGCAGAUUCGUGUGGAAAAUUGUUUUGCUAUUGGUUUUUGUUGGAUGGCUCUUCAUCUGGAUAAUGUUACCUACAAAGACUUACAAAGAUUCAUGGACUCCCCAGCUCAAAAUCAAGCUCAACUCCACAUAUUUCAGAGAACAAGGGAUAAAUCUUCUUUUAUUUACAUUUCCUAUAAUGUUGAUAGCUGCUCUGAGCUGCAUCUAUCUUCAUCUUUACAGCAAGUCAAGUUCUGAUCAGAGUAGUAAUAGCAAUAAGGGGCAAUAUUUUCGUUCAUGGAAACGGCCUGUGCUUGCGAUGGCUCCUCUGGGAAUUGUGAACGCCGUUGAGCUUGCCUUUGCUGUUAUGUUUAUCGCCCUUCUAGUUUGGUCUUUAUCAAACUACGUCUAUAUCAGCUUUGGUCAUCUCCAUAUGCACAACGCUGGAGAGAAAGUGUGGAUGGCAAAGUUUCGAAGUGUAUCUUUAAGGCUUGGCUACCUUGGGAAUAUUUGCUAUGCGUUUUUGUUUUUCCCUGUGACCCGAUUGUCUUCAAUUUUGCCGCUGGUUGGGCUAACCUCAGAAUCAAGCGUUAAGUAUCAUAUCUGGCUUGGUCAUGCCUCAAUGGCUCUUGCCAUUCUCCAUAGUGUUGGCUUCGUCAUAUACUAUGCCGUCUCUCAUCAAAUGAUAGAGGUUUGUUGA